UGUUUACAUCACGCCGGAAGUUGCACGUGGGUAUCCCUCGUGGCGUUGUUUGGUUCGCCAUUUUAGGUCGUAACCUGGUUGUUUGAACGGGUUUCAUCGUUGAAUGGGUGCUGGAUACCAUCAUGAGCGAUGAAGACAGGGAUGUUGACAUUGAAAGCGAUGAGGACGAUGACGAACUAUCUUCAAAUGCCAAUACACAGUUUAUGACACAGGCGGAAAAGCGUGCUCAUCAUAAUGCAUUAGAGAGAAAGAGACGAGAUCAUAUAAAAGACAGCUUCUCCAGUCUACGAGAUUCAAUACCAUCUCUGCAAGGAGAAAAGGUAUCAUCAGUCAAAGAGAAAUAUGUACAGGACACUACAGCUCUGCAUGAAAGAUCAUCAAAGGUGUCAAGGGCACAAAUAUUAAAAAAGGCAGCCGAUUACAUUCAGUUCAUCAGACGCAAAAAUCAAGGUCAUCAGUCGGACAUCGACGAUUUAAAAAAACAGAAUUCUACUUUAGAACAACAAAUCAGGGCCUUAGAGAAAGCUAGGAACACAGGACAAUUUGCUCAGAGUAGUAGUGUUGGGUUUGAUGGCUCUGAAUCAGAGAGUUCAGUUGAAGGGGGGGACUUGGCUGGUGUCAGAAGAAAGAAGUUAAAAACAGCCUAAUUAUUAACCUUUUGUGUUAAGACUUGUACUCAUAUUGUUGAGGGAGGACAUAUUUACACCUUUAUUAUGUAAAAUUGUAAAAAUGUUUAUAAUGUAUGGUCUACAUUACAUGGAGAUCAAAUUGUAUGCAAAGGGGCUCAUUUAUAUUUGAUAUCAGAAACACUUUUCUAUUAUAGAUUUUGGAUUCUUUCCACUCAUUCUCAAUAAGUCGUCCAUAUUGAAGAUAAAAUCUAAAAACUUUAACUCGUAGAAUUAAAAGUUAGAAUACAUUGAUGUUUACUAGAACUACAGCAUUUGUAAAUUUUUCAUAUCACAAACAUUCCGCACAAAAUUUACAGACUUGCUUGUCAUAUAUAGAUGAGCCCUGGCAUAACAGAUUUUAACAAUUAAUGCCACUGAAAUUUGCCCUGGACAAAAGCCCAUAGUGCCAUUGAAUCAACGAAAUGAUUUAGAAAACAUAUAUACUUCUUCAAAUUAUACAUGGUUUUAUGAUUUAAUUCUGAAUCAAUGUUUUUUUUAAAGAUUUACAUUCAAUAACCUUUAAAAAUGAAUAAACAGUAAUCAUGUCUAAAACAAGUAUAAUAUGAACAUGCACCAUUCUAAACAGAAUUAUGAGAAUUAUUGAAAUACAUAAUUUAUUCAUGGGAUAAAAUAAGCAUUUUGUCAAAUAGAGAAUUGUAAUUAUCACUUCAAUCAAGUUUAGAUAAUCAGAAGAAAAGGUAGUUUUUUUUCAACUUUUAAAAUAUGGUGUCCAAGAAAUCUGGUGUCAAUUGGUGCAAAUACUUUGUAUGAAUAUGUUUUUAAAGAAACCGCAGUGCAUCUACAAAAUUUACUAUGUUUUGAUCUUUUUAUCCAGUUUUUAUUCACGCAUUAAAAUUAUUUUUAUUAAGUUUCAGAAUGUAUUGAAGUAUAACAGUUCAAUUUGGGUAUGACAAGAUCUUUUUAUUGGCUAGCCAUGAAUAAUACUUUUUGGCCUUUUACAGUGUUUAAAUAAUAGAUCUAAAAAAUAAUUUUAUUAAAGGUUUCAGUAUGAUAUAAUGAAGAUGUUUAGUUUGUAUGAUAGAUGUUGGCUUUUUGUAUGUCAUUAGAAUCCUCUGUUUUAUAUUUUACUUUAAAUUUAUCUCCUUUUCUGUCUCAUUUUGGGUGGGGAGGGGGUAUUCAAGGCAGUAGAUUGACAAAUCCUUUACACAUUUAAAUUUACUUUAAAUGAAAGAUCUCUUUGAAGUGUUGAUAAAAAAAACAGGGCAAGGCAACUAAAAAUAAACUAUAUUGAGAUUUUAUGUAUGUAAUUAAGGACAUUGUUGAGUUUUUAGUCUUUUUUUAUAUGAUUGUAUGAUACAUGUAUACAUUAUAAUUUGUACAGUUAUGUAGUAUAAUAAAAUGUUUUUGUUGUAAUAAAUAAUGAAAUACUAUAA